CCCUGUCUGGAGUAUAACCUUAAAAAAUUGCUACAAGCAUUAAAUUAUUGUUUGAAUAUUAAAAUAAUGUGAAACUUUGUGGUUAAUCUUACCCCGGUGUGGUCAACAAAUUAAGUUUAUCCAAGUUUUAAAGACAAUUACCAAUUGUACACCUACUUCAAGCAAACAUGUACAACAGCAGAAAUUACCAAAAAUUUAGCUGGAACACAUGGCAUCGAUUCCAUCGGCAUGCUCCUCCUCUCUUGGCUGUUGUGAAACUAAAGUGUGGUUAUUUCAAGCAUAGUUAUUGGACACAAAGACCAAAUUAUCAUCCAAAAUUAUUGUUGUCGAAAACACAAUAUGGCCAGCCAUCAAGAGGAUAUGCAAUGUUAGUUGCUCGGGUUAUAAAAGGGGCCCUCAAGAUUCGUUACCUUGUAUUGGGCAGUGCAGUAGGAGGAGGUUACACAUUACAAAAGAAAUAUGAGGAAUGGAAAGAAGCAUUGCCAGACAUGAAAUGGCUUGAGUCUGCACUUCCCAAUAAUGACCAAAUGGAAAGUAUCAGAAACUCGAUGGCUCAGUUAACAGACAAAGUGAGAGGCUUUGAAAUAGAUCCCCGACUGAAGGCCGCUGGUGAAUCAAAGUUCAUCUCAAUGAAAGAAUGGUUUGACAAGCGAUUGGACGACGCAUACCUCAAAGCCUUGGAGAAGGAUAAGGAUAAUGAAAGUACCUCCCCUGAGCGAAUGUGGCAGCAUGUUGAGAAGUUUGUGGCAGGUGCUAAGUUUGAUGGAGGGAAACUUUACGCCCUAGCUGCUGAUAGACCAGGAGGAGACGCCCAAAAACAGGCGGAUGAAAAAAUUGAACACCUAGAGAACCAGCUGUUAGACAUGCAACGAGAAGUGGUUCGUCUAGAGAAAGAAACAAAACAUUUGCGACAGCAGUUACUAUUGAGGCAAAAUCCAACUCAUACGCAUCAUAAAGUUCAGAAGUCGCUGAUAGACAUGUACUCUGACGUGCUGGAUGAACUGUCCGGCUACGACAGCAGCUACCAGACACAGGAUCAUCUACCUCGGGUGGUGGUGGUGGGAGACCAGAGCGCAGGCAAGACGUCGGUGCUGGAGAUGAUAGCUCAGGCCAGGAUAUUCCCUCGCGGCGCUGGUGAGAUGAUGACUCGAGCACCAGUGAAGGUGACACUCAGUGAAGGUCCGUACCACAUCGCUCAGUUCCGAGACUCGGACCGUGAGUACGACCUGACCAAGGAGAAGGAUCUACAGGAGCUACGGAAUCAGGUGGAGUUGCGGAUGAAGAAAAGUGUGUUGUCAGGCAAGACGGUGAGCUCUGAAGUGAUAUCCAUGACAGUCAAAGGUCCUGGUCUACAUCGGAUGGUGUUGGUAGACCUGCCCGGAAUCAUCAGUACAGUCACCAAGGACAUGGCUAGUGACACUGCAGAAGCUAUCCGCAAGAUGUCCCGACAGUACAUGGAGAACCCCAACGCCAUCAUACUCUGUAUUCAGGACGGGAGUGUGGACGCAGAACGUAGCAACGUGACAGAUCUAGUCAGCCAGAUGGACCCGCAAGGCAAACGUACUAUCUUUGUGUUGACCAAAGUCGACCUCGCCGAGGAGAGCUUGGCCAACCCAGAUAGGAUUCAAAAGAUCCUGUCAGGAAAUUUGUUUCCGAUGAAGGCUCUAGGCUACUUUGCAGUGGUCACUGGUAGAGGUCGGAAGGAAGAUUCUAUCCAAAGUAUUCAAGAGUACGAGGAGAAGUUCUUCAGAAGCUCCAGGCUGUUUAAAAACGCAACGGCCACUGGACAAGUGACUACUCGCAACUUAAGCCGAGCGGUCGCGGACUGUUUCUGGAAAAUGGUGAAAGAGACGGUAGAGCAGCAAGCGGACGCUUUCAAGGCGACUCGGUUCAAUCUGGAGACAGAGUGGAAAAACAAUUUUCCUCGGUUGAGAGAACUCGACCGCAACGAGUUGUUCGAGAAAGCCCGAGGGGAGAUAUUGGACGAGGUGGUGAACCUGAGCGAAGUGUCGGUGAAGACUUGGGAGGAGCUUCUAGUCCACAAGAUAUGGGACAAAGUCUCUCUGAAUGUGUUUGAAAACAUUUAUCUGCCUGCAGUUCAGACCGGAGAUCCAAAGAUGUUCAACACGACCGUAGACAUCAAGCUGAGUCAGUGGGCCAAUCAGACGUUGCCGCAGAAGUCCGUUGAGGCUGGAUGGGAGGCGUUGAGACAUGAGUUCACCCACUUCAUCGAGAGCCGCAAGCGCACCAAGGACUACGACGACUUGUUUGACCGUCUCAAGCAAGCUGUAAUAGACGAGGCCAUGUCCAGGCACAAAUGGGAGCCUAAGGCCAAUGAAGUGUUGCGAGUAAUCCAGCUGAACACCCUGGCAGAUCGUAACUGUAGAGAUAAGCGAGCGUGGGACGAUGCAGUUCGGUUCUUGGAGAACAGUGUGAAGGAGAAGCUCAAUGCCACGGAGAAGCUGUUGUCGGAUCAGAUGGGACCUGGAUUCAAGGAUCGUUGGCUGUAUUGGAAAUACACGUCUGAGAUACAGGACAAACGUAAUGCAAUCAAGCGGGAACUUGACAAAAUAUUAAACUCCAACUAUAAGCACAGUAACAUGCUGACCCAGGACGAGGUAACGACCAUCAGAGAGAAUCUGCAGCGAAGCGGUGUCACUGUUGAUGCGGAGUUCAUAAGAGACGUGUGGCACCCGGUGUACCGCAGACAUUUCCUCAAACAGAGCCUUGCUCGGGCGUACGACUGUCGUCGGGCCUUCUACCUCUACCACGAGGGGCUUGAGACGGAGUGCAAUGAUGUAGUCCUGUUCUGGCGCAUUGACCAGGUGCUGAAAGUAACAGCCAACGCUCUCCGACAACAAGUCAUGAACAGGGAAGCUCAACGUCUUGAAAAAGAAAUAAAACAAGUUUUAGAAGAAUUUAGUCAGAACUCUGAAAUCAAAGAAAAGUUGUUAACUGGAAGGAGAGUGACCCUCGCAGAAGAACUUAAGAGAGUAAAAAGGAUUCAAGAGAAGCUAGAAGAAUUUAUCCAAGCUUUAAAUAAAGAAAAAAUGUCAGAGAAGAGAUAAACUGUUCAAGAUGAUAGAGCUAAUUUAAAAAAAUAUUUUUAAUUUUCAAUCCACAUCUUUGUUACCAUUUUUUUACUCAACUGCAUUAAUUAUACACACAGUGACUUGUUAUAUUCAGAAAAUAGUAACCAAUUAUUAAUUGUUGUAAUACCAUAAAUUUCAAGCUUGAAUUAUCCUUAGGCAGAUAGUUAACAGUUAGCAUGAGGCUACAACCUCGUGUUACUUUGUAUUAUAUCAUCAUUUAUAGUUUCAGAUGAUAUUGGCAUCCUGUUUGUAUAUAGUUAAUUUAUUUUUAAACAGUUGAAGCUACCAAAGCAUUCAAUUUCUUCAAACCAUCCAUCCACGUUCUAGUUAUUUCAAUUCCUGCUUUUUUAGAAUCUUUUAAAUUUCUUGGUUAAAUUUUAAUUAAACUUGUCCAUGGAAUAUGUUAUUUAUUUUUUACUUUCUCUCUCUAUACAUAAAACACAGAGAAAGUAUUCUUUUUCAACAUUUUUAUUUUGAGUUUUCAGUAGAAAUAUCUCUAUUGGUUCUGAACCCAAAAAGUAGUUAUCAAAGUGACUGAUAAACCCAUAACCAACUGGAAAAUCGGAUUUUUGCAAAAACAGUUAUAACAAUUUUUUAUUUAAAAUGUAGUAAGUCAUAGUCUUAUUAGUUCUAAAAAAAGUAAAACCAAAAUGUAAAAAAUGUAGCUCGAAAGUUAUUAAAAUAUUUGUGGUUUCCCCCAUAAAACAUCAUAGUUAUCCGCAUCGCUUAUCCAUUUUCAUGGUGUGGACAAGUUAAUGGGAAAGAAGUAUGUGUCAGUUUUCUGAUAUUUAUUAUUUAAGUCUUUGUGUAAAUGAUAUUUGAAGGUAUUUAUUACAGUUUUACUCAAAGUAAUUUAUACAAAUUUUGAUUGAACCUGUAACAUUCCAAAAUUGAUUGACCUAACAUUAUUGUUGGGUUUUCUUUUAUCGGAAAUCGUUCACUGUCACUAUUAAAAUAUAUAAUUAUAUACAAUUUCAUAUA